UAGACGUUUUUUAGAUUUCUAUAUGUUUAUUCCUGUAAAUUUUAAACCUCUAUUUUAGACCAUUUGUAGACAAUACGUUAUUCCUGUAAAUUUUAAACCUCUAUUUUAGACCAUUUGUAGACAAUACGUACAAUUACACCGGUUUUUAGAUCUAUUUCAUUAUCUAUCAAUCUAUAUUCACCAUCUAUCAGAUAUCUAAACUAGAAAUCUAAUAUUUGUAAGUAAUGGAUGUCUUUUUCAAGUAAAUUUUAGACGUGUUUUAAACUAUUCCGCUAAUUCGCGGUACGUGCUGAGGACUGCGCGUGCGCGUUACGAAACUCUUUAGUUGAUAAUUUUGGCAUCCCAGGUUGUCGCUGCGAUCGUUGUCGUUACUCGUUAUAACAACGUUGUUGGUUCAGUUGGUUGCUGGUGUGGUUGUGGCGGGUGUCCAUGUUGUGGCGUGCGAUUGCCGAUUAGGGCUAAUGCGAUUUUAAUCUUGUCCGUUCCCUAUUUAUUUUCGCGAAUAAUCGCCGUAUAUUUUUGGUUUUUGGUGGUUGUACGUAUUCGCGAUUGAUGGAUUAAUCAUUAAUCGGUUUCGCCAAUUUGCAUGGUGUGUUUAUGGAUUUGCUCGCAGAUUUACGCAGAAGAUUAAGCAAUAAUAAUGGCGCAAACAUAUGCCAUUGUUGAAUUUGAGAAAAAAGAUUGUGCGAUUGUUCCAAUGACGUGGAUAUGUGGAAAUAAUUGCUUCUGGCCUAAAGCUAAUAUUCCAAGGUUGGUUUCUGAAUAUGCUCCACCCAAGGAAGAUUGGUCCCAGCAUAUGAUUAUCAAAAUUCAUGAUACUUUAGAGGGAAUUGAAAAUUGUGAAAGAAGAUUAUCACAAAUUAUUGAAGAAUCUACUAAUUCCGAAUCAGUGAAUUGUCUGACGUCUUCUUUAGUUCGAAGAGAAAUAAUGAAUAGGAAUUCAGGGAAUUCAAGUGAUGACAUGACGGAAAGGGGUUCUGAAUUUCAUAAUAGUAAAAGUGAUCCAAAUAUAAAUGAAUUGAUGGAUGAAGAUGAUGUUCCAUCCAAAAACUCCUCUGACUCUUCCGAGGACUUACCUUUGGCAAAAAGAAAGAAAACUUUAAAAGUAGAUUCUAGUAAAUCCAGAGAAAAUAACGUGUGGCCCAAUUCUUCCAGUAGUGAUGAUGAUGAAAAAUCGCAUAAAGGAUACAAUACACCCAGCACUAUCAAAGUAACUGAAAAACUCAAAACAACUUUCGCUGCAUCUGAAGAUGAAAGUUGGAAUAAUUUUCCUUCAAAGGCGGAAUCUUCAAAGAACGCGAGGGUCAAGGAGACAAAUUCAAAUGUUGCAACGGAGCCUAAAAAAAAAAUACGGGUUUUGCAAAAUGUCAUUCUUCCCCAGAAUAAUACCCUGAAUUUUUCACAAAGCAGAUUUUCAAAACCUAAUAAUGACAAAAUUGCUACCCAAAGUUGUGUUCCAAGUACAUCAUCUUCCUCCACAACUCCAAAAAAAGGUUUCGAGGCAACUGUUAUUCAGCAUUUGCAGAAACUUACUGAAGUACAAGAUCAGAACACUCUUAAAAUCGACCAGAUGUGGAAAUUUCUGAAUGAAAGUAAACUAAAGCACGUGUCAAAACCAGAAGAGUUUCCGAUACUGCCUGUGGACAGGAAAGCAGAUUUCCAAAAACUGGAAGAACUUCUAUUGGAUGAGCCAAUGCACACUUAUUUGAAAAAUCGUCUAGCGUGUAUUGGGGGCCUUAACGUGAGAACCACAGUAAUGGGCAUGUUAAAAUUUUGCAUCACCAAUAGAUUAGCGACGAAGUUUAACUGGGCAGGCCAGAAUAAGAAAGCCUUCAAAGCCACCAAGUUAAAAGAUGUCAUUUAUGAAGCCACUGAGCUUUGCUUUUCUUCUGGAAAUGGAAAACCUUCGGAUAUGAAUGAUAAGGUCAUUAAUCAAGCCAUGAAGGACUGGCUAAGAUUGGCGGCACAAAGAAAAACAAUAUAAUUCGUAUAUAAAUAUAUUUGUUUCAUAUACAAAUCAUCUCAAUUAAGUUACUAAAUUAAUAAAUAUAAUUUUGUAAUGAAAAUUUUAGUAAUAUAGCUAUCCC